AGAAGAUGCAAAUAAGACCCGUAUGUUUAUCCCUCGGAAAAGGUAAAAGGGCAUAAAAAGGACUGCUUGUUAUGCUGCACUCGCGUCGCGAGAAUUACUCCGUCAUAUGUGCAUGUUAGACGUUGGCAAAGAAUAGAACGCGGUCGUGAUGGGGAAAUUGGAAUCCGGCACGAUGUCACCUCCGCAAGAUCAAGACUCAUCCAACUUUGCAUCACCAAAACCUGGGCCCACCCCACCUCCUACGCCUAAUUUUGCUAGUGCCCUAAGCAGCAAUCAGCGUGGAGAUUAUCCGAGCAAUUUUGAAAAUAGCCAUGGCGGCGAGAAAAUCAGAUUGAACAAAAACAAUAAAGAAGACGAGAGCAAUGGGCAGAGCAAUGGUGAAGACGAGAAAAAAGAGCACGAUUCAAGUGUGGGGUUGAAGCAUGAACGAAAUAAGGAAAGGAAGCCGAGGGUAUCGUUUCAGCAGGCAUUGCGCAACAAACCAUGGCUCAUGCGAGCACUCCGCUCCAAGAUUGGAUUCAAUGAAGAUUAUCGCGGCCGGCUUCCAGAAUGGUGCUCGCGCUUUACGGGAUACAGGCCUGUUUCGGAUCAAAAACCUCCAUACGAACCGCUACCUUUUCCGCCCUUUUCGUGGCUAUCGCAUGUGCCGCUGCGCUUAGAAGUAUGGAUCUUUGGCUGGAUCGGUGCAUUUGGGAGCAUUCUGCUUAUUGAAGCCAUCAUGUCGACUUCUACUGCAUUUAGAGAUAUAUAUCACGCCCCCACCAUCAUCACUUCGUUUGGCGCCUCGGCCGUACUGCUAUUUGGCGUCAUUGAAUCCCCUCUUGCACAACCACGCAAUUUUGUACUCGGCCACUUCUUCUCCGCGCUUAUAGGAACAGCCAUCACCAGACUUUUUGUUCUCAAUGGCAGUUAUGAUGGCUAUCUCGAUAAUAAAGACUUCCACCCUAGCCCAUUUAUCAAUGGUGGUCUUUCUAUGGCCACAUCGCUUUUGGCACAGCUUGUUCUAGGAUGCUUACAUCCACCGGCGGGAGCUACAGCACUUAAUGCUGCAGUCCAACUUAAUGUGGUUCAGCUUUCAUGGCGCUAUCUGCCUACAAUUUUGGCUUCCAGUCUCAUUAUGCUUGGCUGGGCGCUGUUUAUCAAUAACUUGGGCCGUCGGCGGUAUCCGAUUUAUUGGUGGUCGCCCAAGGCAGUCUUUGUCCGGCUCACUCUGGACGAGUCUGAAGAGACUGAAGAAACUGAAGAGGCCGAGGAAACCGACGCAAACCCCGAAGGCCAAGACGGGCAUUUUGAACGACGGCUAAGCUCGGAGGAUAUUGAGCGUGGCCGUCGGAGAGCCUCUCGCAGUAUGGAACGCCGUGCGUCUAUAUUCCGCGCACAAGAAGCAGCACGAGAGAGGAAACGAGCGCUCUCUAUAUCUGAUAAUCCCAUGCGACGUGCCGAAGAGGGCGAAGCGGGAUCUCCUGGCAUCAGAAUCGAAAGACUCUAUUCGGAAGGCGGAGAGGAUGACCAAGACGAAAACUAGCUUAUUGAGUUUUGAUGUUUGUGGGACGAGAAGAAAAAAAGACAAAGAUUGCGUUUUGGAAACGCGAGAUGGGACCGAUUCCGGGUUCCGGCUUGGUUAGAAGUUGUCAAGUUGACGUUUCCAAAUCUCAUGAAAAGAAUAAGGCUGGAGAAAGACUGAAAAGGAAGAUGAAAAAUGGUAAAUUCAAACGGAACUGAAUUACAAAUAACGAAAAAAAAAAACUUAAGAUCACACGGUAUGGGAAUAUUUGAGCGAAGGGGGAAACAAUUGCCAGCAUUUGCUACUGUUAUCAUCAUCUGCUUCAUUAUCAUUGUGGUCACGAUUCUGUUAUCUAUUACUACGGCGAGGAUCUCAUUCCUUAUUUUUCAUUUUUUCAUUGAUAUUGCAACCUUUGUUUUCUGAAGACCACAGAACUACAUCUAAAAGUUGGACACAAGUAAUGACCAG